AUGGCGCAUCAAGGGCAAGCUGCCGAUUACUACAACAAUCAACAGCAAUACGCAUAUCAACAAUACGCUCCGCCUCCAGGGCCUCCCCAAGGCUACCAAUCAUACCCUCCCCCCGAUGCCCAUCCUCAGAACAACCAGCAGCAGUACCAACCUCCUCAACAGCCGUAUCAACAGCCAGAGCAAAAGUACAGUCAGCCCCCGACGAGCGGAGUUCAGUUCAACGCCCCUCAAGAUGAAAAGCAGACGUUCCAGGACACUUUCAAAAUUCAGAAGCCCAAAUACAAUGAUAUCUGGGCAGCCCUGCUGCUGAUUGCGACCUUUUGCGGCUUCGUGGCAGUCUCUGGGCUUACCCUCUAUCGCUACUCGAAAUACCAUCAGUUCAAUGGUGGAGGCAUCUACGGCUCUGCCAAUGACUUCUCCCUCAACUCGAACACCAUCAUUCUUUUCGCAUUCGUUCUUGCCGUAGGCUUCGUCGUCAGCUGGGCAUAUUUCCUUGCCGCGCGUGCCUUCACGAAGCAAUUCGUCUGGCUUACGGGCAUCCUCAAUUGUGUCGUGGCCGUUGGGACCGCCGCGUACUACUUGUACCGACGUCUUUGGGGAGCCGGCAUUAUAUUUGCGAUUUUCGCCGUCUUCGCCAUCAUCUGUUUCAUCAGCUGGAUCCCGCGCAUUCCUUUCGCCGUGUGCAUGCUUCAACAGGGUAUGGACAUCGCACGGAUGAAACGCGUCCACGUUUUCAUGGUCAGCCUCAUUGGGGGUAUUGUGAGUGUUGCCUUUGCUGCGUGGUUUUCAGUCACGCUGGUCGCCAUCUAUGUGUCAUACGAGCCUAGCAAUCCCGGCGCGAACCCGAAUCCAUCUUGUGCCGACGGUGGUUGUUCUAGUGGGAAAGUCAUCGGCUUGGUUGUUUUCGUAACGUUCGCAGGAUACUGGAUCUCAGAGUUCAUCAAAAAUCUGAUUCACACUGUCGUCGCUGGUGUUUACGGAAGCUGGUACUUCUGCGCUGGCAAGCCUGGUGGUAUUCCAAAGGGCGCUACGAUGGGUGCUUUCAGGCGAGCCUCCACCUAUUCCUUUGGAUCAAUAUCGUUUGGCAGUCUGAUCGUGGCAAUCAUCAACAUGCUUCGGCAAGCUUGCAGUAUCGCCCAGCAGCAUGAGGCGGCCGAAGGGAACAUCAUCGGCACCAUCAUGUAUUGUAUUCUCGGCUGCAUGAUUAGCAUCCUCAACUGGUUGGUCGAGUUUAUCAACCGAUACGCCUUCUCUCAUAUCGCCCUAUAUGGCAAGGCUUACAUCCCAGCGGCCAAAGACACGUGGAAGAUGAUGAAGGACCGUGGAAUUGACGCUUUGGUCAACGACUGUCUUGUCGGGCCAGUCCUGACUAUGGGCUCCAUCUUCGUGGCAUACCUGUGUGCCCUCUUGGCUUAUCUCUAUCUCGAGUUCACCAAACCUGCUUACAACGAUGGCCGGACAUUCACGCCUGUCAUUAUGGCCUUUGCCUUCCUCAUCGGACUACAGAUCUGUCAGACCUUUAUGACCCCGAUUGGAUCAGGCGUCGACACCAUUUUCGUCGCGAUGGCCUGGGAUCCGCAGGUGGCAAUGACGGAUCAUCCAGAGUUCUACCAGCGAUUGGUGCAUGUUUAUCCACGAGUGCAGGAUGUUAUUCAUAUUUGA